UUGCCAUUUCUUCACUACUUCAUUCAUAAAUCGAGAUCGUUUCAGCAUCGUUCUUACCUGCGACUGACGGAGCAGCCUUUUGUUGCAUUGCCAGCUGACGUUUUGGCGCAAACCCUGAUCUCACUGGUAGCGUUAAUUUACGGAGCGUCUCACGUUGCUGGUGCAUUCCAGCACAUCAAGAGUGAUCCAAAUCGUGACCGAUCAUGGGACGAGGCAGGGAGUUGUAUGUCCUUCGUAACAUUCGAGCAUCGUGGAAAAGCAAUGUCGCCAGCACAUGCUGUGGUACGACAGCGUACCGAGGAGGUUGCACAGGUAUGCUAG